AUGAAGAGGCUACAGGAGGCACUGAUGAAGCCAGCACAGGUAGCAGUCAUUAAGUGUAAGGGCCAUGAUAAAGCAGGGACAGCUAUCGCUAGGGGAAAUGAGGCUGCAGACACGGCAGCCAAGAGAAAGGCAGGAUAUAGUCCACAGUAUAUCAUGCUACAAACAGAGAAAACAGUACAUGAUCUCCUGCCACCAUGUGAUGUAAAUAUGUUAAUAGCAGAGCAGCAGAAAGCUUCUCCACAGGAGCUUACAGUCUGGAAAGAGAGAGGAGCAGUGAGAACAGAGGGUGUGUGGAGGUCUCCGGACGGAAGACCAGUGUUACCCGCAGGGCUGAUGAGAUCAGUCCUCCAGGAGGCUCACGGGGUGACUCAUUGUGGAAAGGUGCAAAUGGUGCGAGGUCUCACUCAUUGGUGGCACCCUUUUCUGCCAGCCAUGAUUGAGAAUCACAUCAGAGAAUGUAAAAUAUGUACAGAAUAUAAUGUCAGACCCACAGUGAAACCACACCAAGGGAAAUUUCCUCUCCCUAAACUCCCAGGUCAAGAGGUCAUUAUUGACUACACAGAUAUGAUAGAAAGAGUGGGAGGACACAGGUACCUUCUGGUGGCGGUGGAUGCAUACACCGGCUGGCGAGAAGCCAUACCUGCCAAAUCAGAGGAUACAAAGACAGUAAUCAAAUUUCUGAUAAAUCAAUAUAUCCCCAGGCACGGGUUCCCCAAACGAAUCAGAUCUGAAAACGGGACUCACUUUAAAAACAAAGACCUACAGCAGGUAGAGAAGGCAUUGGGGCUAAAACACACAUUUGGCACAGUCUACCAUCCUCAGUCACAGGGCAAGGUGGAAGGGAUGAACCAGUCUAUUAAGGGAAAAAUGGGCAAAAUCUGUGCUCAGACUAAAAUGAGCUGGGUAGAUGCUCUACCCCUAGCUCUAAUGUCAAUCAGGAGCUCAGUGAACUCAUUGACAGGGUUCAUGCCAUAUGAACUAAAAACAGGACACCAGUUCCCGGGACCGGGAGCUGGGACCCAAACUACAGAAGAAAUAGAAAGCCCUAUGCAAUACAAACCAUAUUAUGACCAACUAACAGCAUUGGUGUCAGCUUUCUCCAAACAGGUGACCACAGACCCCCCAACAUCAGAGUGGGUCCUGCUCAAGGUGAUCAAACGAAAGUGGUCAGAGCCAAGGUGGACUGGUCCCUACAAAGUCGUGGAACGGACAUCCCACGCCGUCAAACUACAGAGAAAAGGUGACACAUGGUAUCACUGGAACUGGCCAACAGCACUAGGGACGCAGUUGGGGGACUCUCUGAACAACUGGCAGCUGAUGACAGUACAGAACCGAAUUGCGUUAGACAUGCUUUUGGCGGAGAAAGGGGGUGUCUGCUCUAUGUUCCAGGGCCUCUGCUGCACCUUCAUCCCAAACAACACAGCUCCAGACGGGUCAGUAACUAAGGCGCUAGAAGGGCUGCGCACGCUCUCUGAGGAAAUGCAUGAACACUCAGGCAUUGAUAAACCCCUGGGUGGUAUCUUCGAGAAUCGAAUCAUAGUGACAGCUGUGGAGAGAAAACAUCCACAGCCCCCACCAUAUCAGAUGACUCAAAUGGAGACGGCCACCCUGUUGGGAGAGCCGCCUACUGAUUCAGAUUCGGACUCAGACUCAGGAGAAGACAAGGUGUGA